GCAUGUAAGUGGUUGUACCUCGCAGUCCAUAGAAAUUUGGUAAACAAAGUUAGAGUUGGACGCCGUUUUACUGAUAUUUCUUUAUUUAUAAUUAUUAUAUUUGCUAAAUUUAGUUUCUAGAAAUGCAAUCAGAAGUAAUGAAUUUAAAAAAUAUCAUUAAGUUAUGCACAAUAUCUUUUUUUCUAAAGGCGAUUGUUCUUAAUUUUGCUGAAUGCAAAAAUGAUUUUCAGUUUGUAACUUGUGGAUCAGUUUUAAAAUUAUUUAAUCAGCGACAAGGUGUUCGUCUUCAUUCUCAUGAUGUUAAGUAUGGUGGUGGCGGUAGCAGUGGUCAACAGUCUGUUACAGGAUCAACAUCAUCUGAUGAUCAUAAUAGUUACUGGCAUAUUCGCGGAAAGCAUAAAGAAAGUUGUGAACGAGGGCGAGUUAUAAAAUGUGGAGAUACAAUACGUUUGCAACAUUUAGCAACAAAGAGAAAUUUGCAUAGUCACUUAUUUCAGAGUCCAAUAUCGCAUAAUCAAGAAGUAAGUGCAUUUGGAGAAGAUGGCAAUGGAGAUACUGGUGAUAACUGGGAAGUAAAAUGUAGUGGAAAAAAUUGGAGUCGUAAUGAAAAAGUUCGUUUUAAACAUAUUGAUACUGGAAGUUUUUUGCAUGCUUCUGCCGAACAAUAUGGUCGACCGAUUUCUGGACAGCAUGAAAUAUGUGCAUACCGAUAUGAAGAUCCUAGCAAUCAAUGGAUUGCUCAGGAAGGAAUCUACUUAAAAGAGAGAUUGUAGUUAAAGAACUUUGUAAACUUUGUAAAACUUAUUUCAUUUUUA